AUGUGGCUUUCUGAUGGACAAAAAAUUGGCGUUGGUCUCACCUCUUUCGGUGUCUUCUUUAUGUUUCUUGGUGUAAUGCUGUUCUUCGAUGGCGGCUUACUUGCGCUUGGCAACAUCUUAUUUGUGUCUGGACUUACGUUGAUCAUUGGUCCUACCAAAACAUUUUACUUCUUUGCCCGAAAACAAAAGCUUCGUGGAACAAUUUGUUUCGUCGCUGGCAUCCUUCUGGUCUUCUUCAAAUGGCCUUUUAUUGGCAUGCUUAUAGAGACCUUCGGAUUUCUUAACUUAUUCGGCGAUUUCUUCCCUGUCAUCGUUUCAUUCCUACGCCAAUUGCCAUUCAUCGGAACGUUCCUGAACUUGCCGUACAUAAAAGGAGUUGUAGAUCGCAUAGCUGGUACUCGCACAUCAAUAGUGUAA